AUGCCGGAGACACACCCGCCGCCGCCGAGGCCGGUGAUGCUCGCUGACCUCAACUUUGAACCGGCGGAGAGCGAUGGCGAGGACCGCCCACCGACCCCCACACCCAACGCCGCUGCCGCCGCCGUGGCCGUCGCCGCGGCUCCGGCGGUCGCCACCGACUCCUCCACGAGGAGUGGCCAUGAGGAGGGUGGUUUGACAAAAAAUGUGAUCGCUACAAAGGACACCGAUACUGUUGAAUGUGAAGAUGCUGAUCAACAUUGUCAAGGGGCUUCUGCUCCACGUGAGGAAAAAGUUAGCAACCUGAAAGCUGCUUUGGUUCAUGUGGCCCGAAAAAUGCCUAAGAAUGCUCAUGCACAUUUUAUGUUGGGUUUGAUGUAUCAAAGGCUUGGUCAGGCACAGAAGGCAAUAGCAUCAUAUGAAAAGUCAACUGAAAUACUGCUACAAGAUGAGGAAGAAGUGCGGAGGCCUGAUUUACUCUCAUCAGUGAGGAUACACCACGCACAGUGCAUUUUGCAAGCAAGUAUGGGGGAUAGUUUUGAUGAAGAGCUUGAAACUGGCGAGGUAGAUGACAUUCUUGCCAAGUUGAAGAGUUCAGUUGAGUCAGAUCACAGGCAAGCAGCUGUUUGGAAUAUCCUAGGUUUAGUUCUUCUUCGGGGUGGUCAAAUACAGAGUGCUAUCUCAGUUCUAUCUUCUCUCACGGCUGUUGCUCCAGACUACUUGGACUCCCUUGCGAAUCUUGGUGUCGCAUACAUUCAAAGUGGGGAUCUAGAGCUGUCUGCAAAGUGCUUUCAAGAACUUCUUCUAAAAGACCAAAACCACCCGGCUGCUCUGGUGAACUAUGCAGUUCUUCUUCUCUGUAGAUAUGGAUCUUUGUCUGCAGGGGCAGGGGGCAAUGUCAGCACAGGCCCUUACCUGCAUCAGAAAGAAGCCUUAGUUGUUGCAAAAGAGUGCUUACUUGCAGCAGUGAAGGCUGAUCCUAGAGCUGCAUCAGUUUGGGUUAAUCUUGCAAAUGCAUAUUACAUGGAUGGUGAGCAUAGGAACUCAAAGAGGUGCUUGGAGCAGGCAGCAAAAUUGGAACCCAAUCAUAUGCCUGCUCGGUAUGCUAUUGCAGCUCAUCGUAUCAGAGAUGCUGUAAGGUCACAAUGUUCUAAUGAUCAACUUCUUUGGGCUGCAAAUGAAAUGGCAACAGUUCUAAAAGAAGGAGAUCCUUCUGCAGUUGAUGCCCCAAUUGCAUGGGCUGGGUUGGCAAUGGCUCAUAGGGCACAACAUGAAAUUGCAGCCGCCUACAAUACCGAAAACAUCAAUCUUAAUGAUGCAGAAGAGCGAGCUCAAUAUACACUAAAACAGGCAAUCCAAGAGGAUCCAGAUGAUGCUGUUCAAUGGCAUCAACUUGGCCUGUACAAUAUUUGCAUGACCCGGUUCAGCAGGUCUGUAAAUUUUCUUAAAGCAGCUUUAGCUCGUUCCCCAGAUUGCAGUUAUGCUUGGUCGAAUCUUGGUAUCGCGUUGCAACUAUCAGAUGAUCCAUCCUCUGAAACUGUAUAUAAGCGGGCACUGGUAAAAUCAUCAACUCAUCAGCUGCACGCAAUCUUCUCGAAUCUUGGAAUUCUUUAUCGGCAGCAUAGGAACUAUGAAUUUGCAAGGAAGAUGUUAUUAAGGUCGUUGGAACUGUGUCCUGGAUAUGCACCAGCCAGCAAUAACCUGGGUCUUGUAUUUGUCGCUGAGGGCCGUUGGGAGGAUGCUAGAAGCUGUUUUGAGAAAGCUCUGCAAUCUGAUCCCCUACUUGAUGCGGCCAAAUCGAACUUGUCAAAAGUCCUUGCAUUGUCUAAGAUACAGUAG